AUGCCGAUGAGGAGAGGCAAGGAAGACGACGAAGUUGAACAGUUGCUUCAAGCUGCUCAAGACGAGAUGAUUCUCAAGCUCUCCGUCAAUUCUCAUGCCUCUAGCUCCAAACCCGAUUACCUCGAUCCGGAUCUCCACUCCAGAUUUCUCGCUCUCAGAUCUCAGAAGAAGAAGGAUCAGAAGCCACAGAAACCGCGGCCGAGAUCUCCGCCGCCCAAAUCAAAGGAUGUUGAAGAAACUCCAGACGAUAUCAUGCUCAGAUUCGCGGCUCUGAAGAGUACUCUCCCCUCCUCGUCGUCGUCCUCUGUUUCGCCGUCAGUUGUUCAUCCGGAUGCAGUCGGAGAGGAUGGUGAUGAAAUCGGAGAAGAUGCUGAGGUGGAGAAGCUGAUCCAGUGGGCUAUAGACGCCGCGCGUCUCGAUCCUUCUCCUCCCUCUGAUGAUGACGAUGACAACCAGAGUUCUGAUAACGAUGAUGAAGUUGAUGACGACAAUGGUUCAACGAGAAAUGGCAAACGCUAA